GGCAUUUUAGUACACGUUAGUCGUCAGUCACUAUCCCGUUUCUUACGAGUUACAACUUUAUUUGGGGAUGUUGAGCUCCGUGAAGAUGGAAUCUCAUGAAAUUCCGGAGUGGAAUCCUUUCUACAGUGAGGCAAAUGAGAUGUAUUCCUCUCCGAGCGCCAUGAACUCAGUGAGCAGCUUGAACAGCUACAUAAAUCUCAACUCGGCCUGCUCCACAUCCAGCAUGAAUAUGGGCUAUCCCAGCGCAGGUCUCAACAGCAGCCCAUUAUCCAGCAUGGGUGGAGGCCCCAACCACAUGAGCCUGUCCCCCGUAGGCUCCUCUCUGAACCCCAGCUCUCUGACUCAGCUAGGCUCAUCUGCCUCCACACUGGGUCCCCUCUCUCAUUACCAAAGCAUGGGUCAGCCAAUGUCCCAGAUCAGCUACCCCUCUCCUACCUCACUUAACCGGACUAAGGAGAUGCCAAAGCCCUACCGUCGCUCGCUGACCCACGCCAAGCCACCAUACUCCUACAUCUCCCUCAUCACCAUGGCCAUCCAGCAGUCACAAAGCAAGAUGCUCACCCUCAACGAAAUCUACCAGUGGAUCAUGGAUCUGUUUCCGUAUUACCGUGAAAACCAGCAGCGCUGGCAGAACUCCAUCCGCCACUCUCUAUCCUUCAACGAUUGCUUCGUCAAAGUGGCACGUUCGCCCGACAAGCCUGGGAAAGGCUCCUACUGGGCGCUGCAUCCCAAUUCUGGCAACAUGUUUGAGAACGGCUGCUACCUCCGGCGCCAGAAGCGCUUUAAAAUUGAGGAAAAAGCUGGGAAAAAGAGCUCAUCAAAGUCUCAGGAUGGCAGCAGCACCAAGGGCACCCACAGCAGCGAGGGGAUGCAGGAGGAGCACAGUCCCACCACCGGCUCUGAUGGGGCUGAAUCUGCCCAUUCCGACAGCUCCCAUGCUGGAUCCACCUCAGAGGAGCAGCAGAGGAGCCUAGUGCAGCUGGAUUGCCCAUCGCAAGCUCCAAAUCUUUCACACAGCUCUCCAGUGCCGAUCCCAUCAUCAGUGCCCUCCUCAAUGCCUCCAUCCAGCUCACACCUGCACUCUCAGGGAAUGGGCAACAGCCCUCACCUGCUAGGCAGCCCCAUGCACCAUCUGGAUCUGCAGAACGACCCGCUGAAGUCAAUGGACCCCCACUUCAAUUUCAACCAUCCGUUCUCCAUCACCAAUCUCAUGUCCAACGAGCAGAAGAUGGACCUCAAGUCGUACCAGGACCAGGUGAUGGCCUACAACAGCUACGCCACGUCCUCUCCAGUGGCCGCCAAACAGAUCUAUGACAAUGCAGGUCCGUCCGCCAUUGACUCUGGUGCCUACUACCAGACCCUCUACAGCAGGUCUGUCCUCAAUGCAUCCUAAUGUGUUUACCAGCCAGUUGAACUCUACAGACUGUUAAUGGCAGGACAUCUUCAACACGGAGCUUGCUUUGGCCUCAAUAACUUUGGUUCCUGCGCUCUUAAAAUUAAAGGUUCUAAAGGGGGUUUUGCAGGGAUGCCAGUGAUAGUUCCUCGACUAUUGUUUAAAAAUGUAAAGAUCCUUGAGUCUUUUGUGGAGUUUAAAGGUGAUGUUGGAAGUUCUUUAUUAUAUUGAAGAGCCUUUACCUUUAAGAGUGUUCUGAGAAAAAGAAAUGCUUCAAGGAUUGCGUCCUAAUGCUAUGUCUAAUUUAAUGAUCAUAUAUUCAGGAGCUAAAUGUUUCGGAUGUAACAGGAAGGUGUAUGCAAAUGAUGCCAUGUGUAUAUAUUGUUUUGGGGAAGCAGGAGUCAGGCAUUUAUUUAUGAAGGGAAGAAUUUAAUAUAUCUUGUAUGAUUUUGUGUCGUGAAGUUAUGUAAACAAUGUGAUAAUAAGAGGACGUUAGCAUGAUUGCGGAAGCGUUUGAGUUCAGGUUACUGCUGUGAGCAGGUGUUACUGUGUUACAGGGAAACUCUCCUGUUUUGUGUUACAGCAUAACGCGUGUUCAGCUCAAGUGCACUAGCAUACAGUGCGCUUGGAAGGAGAGUGUGUAUCAUUUUGCUUGUCCUUUUGAGAAGCUGAAGAAAUUACUUUUUUUUUUUUUUUUUACUCUUGGCCAUGAAGUUUUUUUUGUAUAUUCUAAAGAUAUUUGUGUUAAGUAUAUAUAUAUAUAUAAGUUUGACCAAGACUGUGGUAAAUCCAGCUGUUUGUUUUCCAGACUUCCCGUUUUAGAAAUACUGUUAUUCCAGUGUGCUACAGUACAUGCUCAGCUUAGGCUGUUUGUAAGAUCAGCAGACAAUGCACUGGGCCAUUUCCAUACAAUCCUUUGCACUAGUGACCUCUCUGUUCUUCACUGAUGGGGAGGGGGGGAGAUCAUUUUGUUACAACAAAGCUUUGUAACUACCUUUUUAUCAGACAAUUACACAGACCCUAAUGAAAUUGCCAUGAUGUAUUUUUGUAAGAUGUCGUCAUUUUAAAAAUAUCCUUCAGCAGUUUUAAUAAAAAAAAAACUUUGUCUCAA